GAGAACUGGAAUAUGUUCUGGUAGGAGAGCAUGUAGAUUCUGUGUGUGUGUGUGUGUGUGUGUGUGUGUACACGUGUACACGUACACAUUCGGCUGUGUGUGUGUGUGUGUGCGCGCGCGUGUCUGAACGUGAGCAAGUUGAGGGAAAGUGGACGACAUAGCUCGCGCGCUAUUCCUACAAUUAUUUUUUUUUCAAAGCCGAGGAGGAGAAAGUCGAAACUAUUAUGGUUUAUUAAUUUGGGACCUGGGAAACAAGCUACCAGGACUGGCUACGUCGCUAGCAAACUAAAUGAACGCACAAUAACGAAGUCGGUUUUAGUUCAAAUUAGUCUUAAUCAAGCCUGUCACAUAACGGAUUUCGACCGCUAUUAUGUCAAGAUAUUUACCUGCACAAACUAUGGUAUUGGGGGCUGGUAUUGGGGGCUGGUUAUUCUCUUCAACAAAAGUUGAGUUUGUCAUCAUUGUGUGUGUGUGCGUGUGUGAGUGAGUGAGUGAGUGACUGUGUGUGUGUGAAUGUGUGUUACUGUUUGCUUUAGUAAGUAAGUCUGUGCCUUUUAAUGUGCAAACUGCUGUACAUUUCAAAGUAGUUGUUGCAUGGCUUCACACCAGCAACACAAAUAGCUAAGUGAAGAUAGAUAAGCCAUAUCCGUAAAAGUUCAGGAUGUUGAAGACUUUAACCAAGAAGCUAAGAAGACACUCGCUCAACGAGAUUCAUCCUUUUCAAUUUAAGAUUUCCUACCAUGGCAGUGGGGAGGGAGCGGAGAGCGACGAUUCCGAGGGGGAGAACCAGGAGCUUGCACAGAUUGACAGAGAGAGGCGGCGGAACUGCGGCCUCACCCCUCUGGCCACCAGCCAGCAGCACAAUCAGGGUCCCCUAUCUCCGGCACGCCUGCAUCACCUACGCCUCCUUCUAGACCCGACUCUGGACCGUCACUCGUCUGAAGAAGAGCUGGAGCGAAUCAGCCACGGCGUUGGAGACGGCAGGAAGUGGACGCUGCACCAUCGCCACGGUGACCACCCCAGCAGUGCCUCCAGCGACGAGGAGGUGUGGGACCUGUGUGGCUGUGGCCCAGUUGCAGCAUCCUUGGAGCAUGGGACUUGCCUGGCCGCUUCCACCAGCCCGGUGCUCUUUAGCUCAAGCCCACCUCGCAGCCUCAAGCCACCGCCUCCAAUUAAGCUCCAGUUCCAGGGGGUGCAGCCUGCUGCCAAGCCUAUCAUCUUGACCCACUUCGACCAGUCGGCGGCUCCCUAUAGGAAACACAGGUACAGCUACGGGGGAGAGCUGGGGAGGCCAAGUCUGGACCUGGAGAAAAUGCAACAGAAAAUGCUCCUGAAAAAUAACUGUGGUGGGAAAACACGGACCAUAAAGAUCCGGAGCUUGACUGGGACUCGCCCUCUGCCCAGGUACGCCUACGAUCCCUCAAUAUUUGCCUUCCGGUCCCUCAGCAGGGUCCCUCCUUGCAAUCCCUUGACUCCGUCCGAAGACCCCCCGUGUGUGUGAGGGGAUAACACCAACAAAACCACCCCUUCCUCACUUAUUGACUCUAUAGAAGACUCCCAGACUUCAUACUCUGAAGACGAGACUGAGCUAAAUAAUGAGUAUGGUAUGGUAUGACCGUUAGGACAACUUGACAAUGCCAAUGUUUGAAGGUCAAUAUAGUACUCUCAGAUAAUCCUGCUCUGUCAAAUCAUGCUGUUGCUCGGACAACUGGUUCACUUGACAGAACCAUCUAAGACACUAAGAAUGGGGAGAUCUUAACCCUGAUAUUGGAUGAUGAUGUGAGACGGCGGCAGACGGUAUGUGUGAACAACAAGGCUCCAAUAGAAAUUGCUUUGAAAAUACACGGCUUCACUCAAGCUCUCCGUACCAAGGACACUUCAGGUAUUUCAUACAUUAACGGCUGUCUUUUGGACACAUUUUCAAUGGAUGGUUGUUCUAAAAAUGAAUGAUCAAAAAUAUUGUUGAAGGACAAAACAAGCAUUCGAAAGCAUUCAAAGACCACUCCAAUGCGCUCGAUACAAGGGAAAUGUAUGUUGACGACAAUCAAAGGUCAAAUAAACGCAUGACAGGUUUGUUGUCUAGACCAGGGUUUCCCUAACCCGGUCCUGGGCCCCCCACAUUUUAGUUUUUGCCCUAGCACUACACAGCUGAUUCAAAUAAUCAAAGCUUGAUGAUGAGUUGGUUAUUUAAAUCAGCUGUGUAGUGCUAGGGGAAAAAAACAAAAAAGUGCACCCCAGGGCCCCCCCGCCGAGUUUGAGAAACCCUGAUCUAGACGGACAACAGCUCAUUAGGACAACUCA